GUAACAAAUAUAAUGAGUUCGAACAAGAACAAUAUAACGACAAAUGUGAUAUCAGCUGCACAAAGAGCCCAUUUUGAGGAAUCCCCAUUAAUGCAAAAUGAGCAAGUGAUCAGAACACAAGGUGCUUUACACAGGCUUGUGGUCAUCACAGUGCUCUUUCUCGCCCUCACACAGUAUGGAUAUGGAAUCGCCUUUCAUUCAUCACUAAUGAGCAUUCAAUUUGCUGCAUCUGCAUUGGCGUUCAUCAGUUCGAUUGAAGUACUUUGGCAUAGUAAAAGUAAAAACGAUAUUGCGAAUCGACACAGUGUUUUUCUUCUUUAUCGAACCGCUGGAACGGUUUUCUUCAUCGCAUGCCUUUUUCUCAACUUGACCCAUUGCCUCGAAGACGUUAGUGAUCUCAAUUCAGCGACCCACUCGGAAGUUGGGAAUGAGACGGAAUCAGUUGAAGAGGCUCAUGAGCAUCCCAUAGCUUGUAGGUUACCUUUGAAUUAAAUAUCAUAAAAGUUGAAAAUAUACCUCAUGUUCAAACCACUCAAUUUGAACGUUUGGUUUUGUCAAAACAAGUAUGAAAAUUAAACCCACUCUGUAGGUUCUAGUAUAGUUUUGUACGUCAUAUGCACAAUGACAUAUUAGUUCAAAGGUACUCUGCACCUUUUUUCUGAUAGUGAACAUCAAGUUUUACCAUUCAAGUAAUGUGUCAAUCAUUAACAAAGAAUCGCGAUAAGAUAAGAGGUCUCCCGAUGAUGCAGGAGCUGGAGUGGAAAUGAAGUGUACUACCCGUUUUAUAUUGAGAUACACGAACCACACACUGUAUCUCUCGACUGCUGAUCUUGUCAUCAAAGCAAUCUUCAGUGUCAUCUACAAUGCACUUUCUAUUCACUUUGUUCCAAAUUUCAUCGCCUUGGUGGCACCGCCUGUGCUCACUAUUUUGAUAUUUUUCUACAAUGUUAACGAGCUCGACUACUUUUUCGGAUGGCUCAAUCAUCAUCUGGAACCUGUCACGUCUAUUUUGCUCACCAUAGUUUGCAUUUCAAUCGCCAUUUAUUCAUUAAUCCGCAAAAAACAAUUCUUGUUAGCCGAAGGACCAAGGGAGUUCAAAAUUGACGAUAUCAGCAGUUCGGUGAAGGCCAAAAACAGUAGGCUUGAGAAAGUGGAUCAUGUGCAUGCCAGUUGUGAAUGGCCGCAAGGAUUUACGGUUUCUUUGAAAGCUUACAUAAAGGUAGAAAAGACCAACAAGGAUUGGGUAGCACAGGCUGCAAGUGACUUCUACGAGCUCAAAGCACUCCUCCAUCACGAAAUCAAAGCACAAGGUGCCAAAGAAGUUGUUGUCGAACCGGUUUUCGUUGACCAAACCGAGCUUACCACAGAUUUUAUGGAUCCCAUCUGCAUUUCAAGGAGCUGUCACAAUGAGGAUGUUGGGUGUUGCACAAUUCCGAAAAGUACUGGAGACGUUUGAAAAUAGUUAAAAUAUCUUUGAAUUUUUUUUUCUCCAAAUUUUUAUUUUUAUUAUUCUACUCAUUUCGCCAGUUGUUUUCUGUGAAGCGUAUCUGAUUCGUGUCGAAAAACCCUUUCAAUGGGUAUAUCACCAUUCCAUUCGCGGUUUACCCUUCUCUCUCUUUUUAUGUGCAAUUUCUUUUACAAUUUAUAACUCGUUUCAACAUCUGUGAGCUUUGUACAUGAUCGGUGUUUCAAGUUUUAAUAUUCUUGUCUUCCCUCCCAACCAAAGUGUCUUAUAUGUAUGUGUAUAUGUAUUUUGAAUUUUUUUUAAUAUACACAAGUUACCAGCCGU